UAUCUAAUCUCAUACAUUUUCUCAUCAGUUUCCACACAAGUGACGCACAGUCGCACACAACUACACAACAUCAAGAUUGGAAAAGAGGCACACCAAACAAUUAGCGGGAAGUGACAAACAAACCAUAACAAUGCUACUUAGCCUUUAUCAUCAUAGUACCAGAUUUCAUCAAAAUCAACCGAAAAUUUUCACUUUACACCAUCAUUUUUCUGCAACUCAACUGAAUUUUCUGCUUCAACCGCCAUAACCAAAAGCUUCAACUUCACUACCCCUUUUUAUCAAAUGUCAUCACUACUAUAUAACUCCAUUGUUGUUCCUUCUAAUCUUCACCACACUAAUCUUGGAAGCUUCAGUAAUUUUUCAUUACAACCCUUCAAUUUUAGUGUAAUUACUAAACUACCCAUCUCAAACUCCACUGCUAUUGGUUAUAGUUCUAAACCUUUUGAUUCAUCAUCAAAGAAAUCAUCUUGUUGUUGUUGUUGCUCCAUGGCUGUUGAACUUGAUUCCUCUUCUUCUGCUUCUCAGAAUGGCUUGCAAGGGAGUUUGAAGUAUUGUAGAGCAUAUUGGCCUAGCAAGUAUAUCAUUGCCUGGAAUUUUGACGUUGGGAAUGGUUCAUACUACUUGUUUGCUAGUAAAACUGCUUCACUAAUGGUUACAGAUGCUGGGAUACAAGGUAGUGAUGUGAAGAUUAAGCUUGAGAAGGACAAUGGAGGACUGCCAACCAAUGUCACUGAAAAAUUUCCCCAUAUUAGGGGAUACAAGCCCUUAAGAGCUCCUGCCAAUCUGGAUGUUGACAAUCUGCUGAAGUGUCAACUAGCAGUUGCUGCUUUCAGUGCUGAUGGGACUUGUAGAAAUGUUACUGGGUUACAGCUACCCGGUGUAAUCGAUGAGUUAUAUUCAUAUGAUGGGCCUCUGGGUGCUAUCUUUUCGGAAGACUCCAUAUCACUUAACCUAUGGGCUCCCACUGCUCAAACUGUCUCUGCCAGCAUUUUUAGGGACCCUUCAGGCGGUGAACCGUUGCAAACUGUCAAACUAAAUGAUACUAAUGGUGUUUGGAGCGCUGUUGGGCCAAGAAGCUGGGAGGGUUGUUACUAUGUGUAUGAAGUUGAUGUCUACCACCAUACCACAUUGAAAAUUGAAAAGUGCUUUGCUAAUGAUCCAUAUGCCAGAGGGAUUUCAGCUGAUGGAAGACGAACAUUGUUGGCUGACUUGAAUUCUGAAUCUCUGAAACCUGAAGGAUGGGAAAACCUUGCUGAUGAGAAACCUCAUCUUCUUUCGCCAUCUGACAUCAGUAUCUAUGAGCUGCAUGUAAGAGAUUUCAGCGCUAAUGAUUUUACCGUGCAACCUGACCUCCGAGGUGGAUAUCUUGCUUUCACAUCACAGGACUCAGCUGGUGUUCUUCAUUUGAAAAAGUUGUCUGCUGCUGGUCUUACUCACGUGCAUCUGCUACCAACCUUCCACUUUGCUGAAGUUGAUGAUGACAAAAAGAAUUGGAAAGUUGUAGAUACUAAGGUAUUAGAAACACUACCACCUGAUUCAGAAGAGCAACAAGCUCAUAUAACUGCCGUCCGAGAUGAGGAUGGAUAUAAUUGGGGGUAUAACCCUGUUUUGUGGGGAACUCCUAAGGGAAGCUAUGCAACUGAUCCAAAUGGUCCGAGUCGUAUAAUUGAGUUCAGAAAGAUGGUUCAGGCGCUAAAUCAUAUUGGGCUUCGUGUAGUGCUGGAUGUUGUCUAUAACCAUUUAAGUAGCAGUGGCCCAUUGGAUUACAAUUCUGUCCUGGACAAGAUUGUUCCAGGUUACUACUUGAGAAGGGAUGCUGAUGGUGCUAUUGAGAAUACCACGUGCAUGAAUGACACUGCUAGCGAGCAUUAUAUGGUUGAACGUCUGAUUUUGGAUGAUCUAAAAUCUUGGGCAGUCAAUUAUAAGGUUGAUGGUUUCAGAUUUGAUCUAAUGGGCCACAUAAUGAAACAUACGAUGGUGAAAGCAACAAGUAUGCUCCAAGGCCUGUCAAAAAGCAAAGAUAGGGUAGAAGGUUCAAGCAUCUAUUUAUAUGGUGAAGGAUGGGACUUUGGUGAAGUUGCAAAUAAUGCACGUGGUGUAAAUGCGUCUCAACUAAAUCUUGGUGGAACAGGGAUUGGAAGCUUCAAUGAUCGAAUUCGAGAUGCAGUGCUUGGUGGGGGUCCAUUUGGUCCCGCUUUGCAGCAAGGUUUUGUGACUGGUUUAUCUUUACAGCCUAAUGAUCAGGACCAUGGUGGUCAAGCUAAUGCAGAUCGUAUGCUUGCCGUAUCAAAAGAUCAUAUUCAGGUUGGGCUGGCUGCAAACUUGAGAGACUAUGUCCUAACAAAUUGUGACGGGAGAGAGGUAAGAGGUUUUGAUGUUCGAACCUAUGGUGGAUCACCAGUUGGGUAUGCUAUGCAGCCAAUAGAAACUAUCAACUAUGUCUCAGCUCAUGACAAUGAAACUCUGUUUGAUAUUGUCAGUUUGAAGACUCCUACUUACAUCACGGUGGAUGAGAGAUGUAGGAUAAAUCAUCUAGCUACCAGUAUCAUAGCACUUACUCAGGGAAUACCGUUUUUCCAUGCCGGUGAUGAAAUGCUGCGCUCAAAGUCCCUUGAUCGUGAUUCUUAUAACUCUGGGGAUUGGUUUAACAGGUUGGACUUCACCUACAACUCCAACAACUGGGGUGUUGGUCUUCCUCCAAAGGAUCACAAUGAGAGCAAAUGGCCUUUUAUAAGACCAAGAUUGGGAAAUCCAUCCUACAAGCCUGAUAAGAGCCACAUCAUUGCUGCUGUUGAAAAUUUCACGAACUUGCUGAAAAUUAGAUACUCUUCCCCACUUUUUCGUCUAAGGAGUGCGAAGGAUGUUCAGGAUCGAGUACGCUUUCACAAUAAUGAACCAUCUUGGAUUCCUGGGAUUAUAGUUAUGAGCAUGGAAGAUGGUCAUGCUGGUUCCCCUGCAUUGUCACAAAUCGAUCCCAAGUUCCAGUAUAUUGUUGUACUAAUCAAUGUUCGUCCCACUGAAACCAAGUUUUACAACCAUGAUCUGCGAGCUAAAUCCCUACAGCUGCAUCCGAUACAGUCGAUGUCAAACGAUGUGAUUGUCAAGCAGUCGAAGUACGAGCCAUCCGCAGGAUGCUUUACUGUACCCCCUAAGACAACCGCGGUGUUUGUUGAGCCCCGACAGAGUUAAGCUGAACUCAGAGGUUGUUGUCUGAGAUCACGACUGCCUAUGGCUGUCAUAAAGAGGAGUUUCUUUCUAAAUAAUGCACGGUUCAACAAAAUAACUUAAGCCUACAACUGAGGCCUCAUAGUACUUACAUUUCAGCAAAAAUAAGUGUACUUUGUACCAAUCAAGCGAGCAGGUGGCUCAGGUGGUUAGAACUUAGAGCUAUUCUCUCUUUUAUCUCCUUGAAGUUAGGUUUAAAUUUUCGGGAUAUUACACUAUAUGAAUAAAUAAAAUAGAAAGGGUGACAAAUUUGUUACUUGUUCGUCCCAAUAAAGGGCCUCCCAAGUCCCAAAUCUUAUGUGUUGUGUAGUCCUUUUGUGACUCGUAAAUAAAACAGUGACUUGUUAUAUUUACGUCGAA